AGACAACAACGCUUCAUUUUCGCAGUUGCAACUUGAAACAACUCUGCGCUCUCUCUCUCUCUCUCUACAAUCCAUCAUCAUCAUCAUCGUCGUCGAUUCGUCGGAGGAAUUACUGUUUCCUCGCCUUGAUUCAUCUCUCUCUGUGUUUCUCUGUAUGUGCGCACGGAACAAGAAUGUCGAAAUGGGGAAAAAGAAAGGAGAAAGAUUACGGUUCCGAGGGCGGCGCUCCAGCCAGGAAGGCUCCAAGGAAAGAUUCUGUCGAUGAAUCCGACGAGGAUACCAUCGUCGCCUGUGAAAUUUCCAAUACUCGUAGGGUAUCUGUGAGGAACUGGCAAGGAAAUGUCAUGGUAGAUAUCAGAGAGUUCUAUCUUAAAGAUGGAAAGAAAUUGCCUGGCAAGAAAGGAAUUUCACUAAGCAUGGACCAGUGGAAUGUACUUCGUCAGCACAUUGAUGAAAUUGACAAAGCAGUUGGUGAUAAAAGUUAGAAAGGCAAUCAAUGAAUGUGCUUGGAUUACUUGCUAUUUUACAAAAUUAAACGAAAACAGUUGGAUAUUAGUUGUCUGAGUUAAAAUCUGGGGGCUGUUGAUUUUGGAAUUGGCUAGCAUGUGUGUAGCUUAAGAACCUGUUUGUUGUAUGUAGCCCAAUAUUAAGAAAUUUCUUUGUUA